AUGGCGGCGAGGUCCCUUACUCCGUCCACUUUCCGAAUCGCAAUCUCACUGCUCCUCCUUGUAGCUAUCGGCACCGCUUUCGUUUUUCUCCCGGUUGAGCAGAAAUUGAAGGACUUCUUGUUAUGGAUUAAGGAAGAUCUUGGACCUUUUGGUCCACUUGCAUUGGCUUUGGCUUAUAUUCCCCUCACAAUUGUGGCGGUCCCUGCUUCUGUACUCACGCUUGGGGGUGGUUACCUUUUUGGCCUACCAGUAGGAUUUGUAGCCGACUCUCUUGGAGCUACGUUAGGUGCAACAGCAGCAUUUCUGCUUGGUAGAACGAUUGGCAAAUCUUAUGUCACUUCAAAAAUAAAGCAUUAUCCGAAGUUUCAAGCUGUUUCCGUUGCAAUUCAGAGAUCUGGCUUCAAGAUAGUUUUACUGCUCCGCGUUGUCCCGAUACUGCCCUUCAAUAUGUUGAAUUACCUCCUAUCGGUAACCCCCGUUCGCUUAGGGGAAUACAUGCUGGCAACUUGGUUGGGAAUGAUGCCCAUUACGUUUGCGCUAGUUUAUGUUGGAACUACUCUGAAAGAUCUUUCUGAUAUUACACAUGGAUGGCAUGAGGUGUCAGUAUUUCGUUGGGUGCUAAUGAUGCUUGGCAUUGCUCUAGCGGUAAUUCUGAUCAUAUGCAUAACAAGAGUGGCGAAAUCAUCAUUGGACAAAGCAUUGGCUGAGAAUGCAAAUGAUUUAUUAGAUGGCAAAAAGAAUGACGACGCUUCCAUGCUCCCCAUCGCAGAACCACCAUCGGAUCAGCUACACGACUCUCUCAUUAUCAGAAUCGACCCAUCCAAUACUUGA